AUGUUGAAUUCAAAUGUGAUGAAUGUAACUUCAAACACUUCGUCCAUGUCAACUGCAACAUUGCCGGUAUUAACGUUAUCAACGUCAUUGACGACUCCAUCAUGCUCGUCAUUGUCACUGUCGUCGUCAUCGUUAUCCAACUCCAUGUUGACUUCAACUGCACUGGCAAAUUAUGCAAAUGGCUGCAACAACCACCACAAUAACAAUAGUAGCGGCAGCAGCUGCAACAUAAAUACUGCGACCGAUAUAUCCAACAGAAACAGGCAAUUACCGACGGUAAUUGAGAAUUUAUCCAAUAAUAACUGUUGCAGUAUCAACUUUAGCGGCCCCGGUGAUGGUAGUGGUAGUGGUGGCAGUAGCAAUGUCAGUGUUAGUCUUGGUACUGCUGUUGAUAUUGCUUCGCUAACAGCAGGUGGUGUCCGUGAUGCAAUAACAGCCCACAACAACAACAACACCAACAACGGCAACCUUUCUCAUUCCACCAGCCACACCGUAGAUGCAGCUGCCACUGCCAAAGCUAUCGCUUCAUCGUUAUUUAACUCAUCAUCUUUAACGCCGUCAGCAUCAGCCUCCGCAUCGGCAUCAACAUCUGCAACGGCAACAUCAUCGACUCCAUCAUCCACUGCGUUGUUGUCGUCGUUUAAGCCAUAUCCGUCAAUAAAUUCCGCAUAUUGGCUGCCAUCACCACAUCCUUCGCCAUAUACGAUACCAG